AUGUUCAUGCCUUCCCGACGUCCAAAAGUCAUGAUUCUUAUAUGGAAAGAUAGAUAUUUGAGUCGUGACCCGCGGCGAAGUGGAAAGAGGUCAUUUGGAUCACUCGUUGGACCGGAACUUAUUUUCUACCAAGACAUGUCCGACGAGCGCCUAAGUAGAGCCCAUGGAGACUUUGAUGGAUCAAGAGGCCCGGAUACCGCGCCCAAGGCCUUGGCUCAUCUUGACACUAGCAUAACUCAAUCCAGAAGCUUCCAUUGGCCUGAACGCGGCCCAUUCAAGAACUUGGAGAGCAAGCUCAAGCGGCUAAAGAGAAAUGGAAACUUUCCUCUUCUGCGCGCGCUCAACUUUGCCGACCUAGACCCGCUCUCUACCUAUAUAUACUUGCUUUUAGCCUCUUGUAAUAAGAAUCACCAGCCGCAUAACAAGAAACACUUAUUCAAUAAAUGCCUUGAUCAUCUCCUCACCUACAAGAUCACAGCCUACAACACUAGACAUCAACGAGGGAGGCGCCUAAGUAUUGGAGGGCUCAUCACUCCUAUCUUGUGUGCUGCUGGAGUAAACCCAACUGAUAGGAGAGCCACUGAACCAGGUUGGAUGGACAUCAAGUUCUGCAAGACCAACCUCCUCAUUGAACACAAGGAGUUGGAUGGGAGGUUCCAAUUCAAGUUCACUCAUCCAUUGGUUGGUCCUUCCAAGCUUCUCCUGCCUAACCCAGAGCUCACCACAGUAGUAAGGGGUGAGAACAUUGAUUUCAGACCCCCUGUGUACACGUUAUUUGGGCAUGAGGAUGAUUUGCGAGAAGAGGAGCCUGAGCUCGAUCGAGCUGAGGAUCGAGCUGAGGAUCGAGCUGAGGAUCAAGUCCAGGAAAGUGUGGAUUUGGGAGAGCCUGAGCGCUAUUAUUUUGAGGAGUAUGAGGCUCCAAGGAUGAACCCCUCUGUUGUGGCUGCCCACAAGAGGAUUGGACUUCUCCAAAAGUUCAACAAAUGGCAACGGAAAGCCACUGAGAAGAUGCAAAAGUCCAUGGACAAGAUGGUGAGCAUGAUCAAGAGUUUGGAGAAGAAAGUUUCUGGUUCUUCAAAACAAGAAGAAGAAGGCAGCCACAGCCCCUACUUUCCUUAG